GAUCCCUGGUGUCUCGUGUCUUUGUCUGCUGCUGUCCCGCCACCAGCCCCAGCCAUGCAGGGCACCUGGGUGCUGCUGCUGCUGGGCCUCAGGCUACAGCUGUCCCUUAGUGUCAUUCCAGUGGAGGAGGAGAACCCGGCCUUCUGGAACAAGAAGGCAGCCGAGGCCCUGGAUGCUGCCAAGAAGCUGCAGCCCAUUCAGACAUCAGCUAAGAACCUCAUCAUCUUCCUGGGUGACGGGAUGGGGGUACCAACAGUGACAGCCACCAGGAUCCUAAAGGGACAGUUGGAAGGUCAUCUAGGACCUGAGACACCCCUAGCCAUGGACCGCUUCCCAUAUAUGGCUCUGUCCAAGACAUACAGUGUGGACAGACAGGUUCCAGACAGUGCAAGCACGGCCACCGCCUACCUGUGUGGGGUCAAGACCAACUACAAGACCAUCGGCGUGAGCGCAGCCGCGAGAUUCGACCAGUGCAACACCACAUUUGGCAAUGAGGUCUUCUCAGUGAUGUACCGUGCCAAGAAAGCAGGAAAAUCCGUAGGUGUGGUGACCACCACCAGAGUGCAGCACGCCUCUCCCUCGGGCACAUAUGUUCACACAGUGAACCGCAAUUGGUAUGGGGAUGCUGACAUGCCUGCCUCUGCGCUGCGGGAAGGUUGCAAGGACAUUGCUACACAACUCAUCUCCAACAUGGACAUUAAUGUGAUCCUUGGUGGGGGCCGAAAAUACAUGUUUCCUGCUGGAACCCCAGACCCCGAGUAUCCAAAUGAUGCUAAUGAGACUGGAACCAGAUUGGAUGGCAGGAAUCUGGUGCAGGAAUGGCUGUCAAAGCACCAGGGAUCCCAGUAUGUUUGGAAUCGUGAACAACUCAUUCAGAAGGCCCAGGAUCCGUCAGUGACAUACCUCAUGGGCCUCUUUGAGCCUGUAGACACAAAAUUUGAUAUUCAACGAGAUCCCCUGAUGGACCCAUCUCUGAAGGAUAUGACAGAGGCGGCCGUGAAAGUGCUAAGCAGGAACCCCAAAGGCUUUUAUCUCUUUGUGGAGGGGGGCCGAAUCGACCGUGGUCACCAUCUGGGCACAGCUUAUCUGGCGCUGACUGAGGCUGUGAUGUUCGACUUAGCCAUCGAGAGGGCCAGCCAGCUCACUAGUGAACGCGACACUCUGACCAUAGUCACUGCUGACCACUCCCAUGUCUUCUCCUUUGGUGGCUACACACUUCGAGGGACCUCCAUCUUCGGGCUGGCUCCCCUCAAUGCUCUGGACGGCAAGCCCUACACCUCCAUCCUGUAUGGCAACGGCCCAGGCUAUGUCGGUACAGGGGAAAGACCCAACGUCACCGCCGCUGAAAGCAGUGGCUCAUCGUACCGGCAGCAGGCUGCUGUGCCGGUGAAGUCGGAGACCCACGGCGGGGAGGACGUGGCGAUAUUCGCGCGUGGCCCGCAGGCGCACUUGCUGCACGGGGUGCAGGAGCAGAACUACAUCGCGCACGUCAUGGCCUUCGCAGGCUGCCUGGAGCCCUACACCGACUGCGGCUUGGCACCCCCUGCAGAUGAAAGCCAGACCACCACGACAACCCGCCAGACCACCAUCACCACCACCACCACCACCACCACCACCACAACCACCCCGGUCCAUAACAGCGCCAGAAGCCUGGGCCCAGCCACCGCCCCGCUGGCUCUGGCGCUGCUGGCCGGAAUGCUGAUGCUACUACUAGGGGCUCCUGCGGAGUCCUAAACUCCAGCACAUCUAGGCUCCACCCACUAGGUCCCACGCCCUCACCUGGUCCUUCCCUUCCCUGACCUCAGUGCUCCCUGCAUUCUGGGUGCGGGCUCUACCCCAGGAUCCUCUCUCUGUCUUUCUGCUACUGGCCUCAUGUCUAGCCCUACCUUGCAUUGCAGCUUCCAGGUUCCUCCUACCCAGGCACUCACAAAGGGCAAUCACCUCUGAGCUAGCAGCCAGCCUCAGACCCCACAGAGUUACUUCUCCCCAGGCAGCAUGACCACCAAGGCCUUGACCCUCCCGGGGCAAUCCGGACUCUCCUUUUGCCCUCAUCCAUCAGCCCCUAGCAAAAGAUAGGAUCCCAGCAAUAAUUUGUGGAGGACCAAACAUGCACCUGCCCAUUGGCACUCUCUCCGAGCUUGAAUCCAUCCUUACAGGCUCUGUACCCAGGACUAAGGCACAAGAGAACACAGAGAGAGGCUGUCUUCCCACUACUCCUCGGUCUAAUCUGCUGGCAGGUGGCAAGGCUACGGUGCUGGGUACCCCUAGCCAGCCUUUGACAUAGUUCUUCCUCGAUGUCUCUGGACCAGCUCCACAUUCAAAACCCAUCAUGGGCUCAGCCAUACCAACCCACAGAGCGAAGAUUCUGAAAUCGUUCAGCCCUUUCAUGUCUAUUGCCCAGCUAGGAGAUUCAAAGAGCUGUACCCCACCCCACUCUCAGGUCAUCUCAGGUUGCACCUAAAUUUCUGAACUGAGAAAAGUCCCUAACUUCCCAGGUCUGCAUUCCCCUGGGGAGAGUCAAGUCAAUAAUAAAGAAUGUAUUCAAUACAA